AUGGUCGAUCUUAAUUCAACAAAGGAUCGUAACCGCUCCCCGAGCCCUGACGGGCAAGCGGCGACUCCGGAUGAGACAGACGUUGACCGUCUUGGUCGGUCACGGCCGGAAGCCUUCUCUAACACUAUUAUGGAGGUGGGCUUCGUCACGUCUGUGCUGGUAUCCAAUCUCUUAUCCGAAUAUUUGACCAGUGGCUUCAACGUGCUCCUACCAGCUCUUCUCAACGAAAUAGACAUUGCCCCCGAAAAUCGAACAUGGCCGACAAACAUCUACACCCUCGUAGUCGGAGCCUUCCUUCUCCCCUUCGGCCGCCUCGCCGACAUGUACGGCGGUAACAUCGUCUUUUUUGCCGGCCUCGCGUGGGCCAUGGUGUGGACGCUCAUCGGAGGUUUCAGCAAUGGCUUCGCGAUGCUCCUCGCCACGCGAGCCCUUCAGGGUCUGGGGAUAGCUGCCGUCCUGCCUUCGGGCAUCGCUCUGCUGGGUAAUACGUAUCGGCCGGGGCCGAGGAAAAACCUGAUAUUUAGUCUGUACGGCGGAUGUGCGCCUUUCGGGUUCUUCGCGGGUAUCUUCUUCGCCGGGUUAAGUGCCGAGGUGCUCACCUGGGGCUGGUGGUUUUGGAUCGCGUGCCUACUGUUCGCCGUCAUCAUGGUGUUGUCUCUUGCUUGCAUACCGCGGCGGUUAGACUUCCGGCCCGACGUGAAGAUGGACUGGAUCGGAUGCGCGACAAUCAUCCCCGCUUUAUUUUUGUUGGUAUAUGCCAUCACCGAUAGCGCACGCGCAGGAUGGGCAUCCGCGAGAAUACUAGCCCCUUUCCUGAUCGGACUUGCGUUACUUGGCGUCUUCGUUUACGUCGAAGGGUGGCUUGCGAAAGACCCGUUGCUGCCUGAUAGCACGUUCGAAGCAAAGGGCACUGCCGUCCUAUUCUUACAGCUCUUUAUUGCCUACGGCUCGUUUGGCAUCUACAUCUUUUACGCGAGCUUUUAUAUCGAAACAGUCCUUGACGUCCCGCCGUUUCUAACGGCCUUUUAUUUCGCCCCGCUAGCCGUUGGUGGGAUCACGAUUGCCCUCGCCGGCCGCUUCGUCCUCCACCGUCUGUCAGGGACGAUACUUCUCUUUAUCGCCUCGCUCGGCUUCAUCGCCAGCCUCCUCCUAUUCGCCCUCAUCCCGAGCCACGACCCAAAUUACUGGGCCUGGAUCUUCCCGGCCAUGGUAUGCACUACCAUCGGCGUCGACAUUUCCUACAACGUCAGCAACAUCUUCAUCACCACCAGCGUCUCGCACAGCCUCCAGGGCGUGGCCGGCGCCUGCGUUAACGGUCUCGUCUUUUUGGGCAUGGCGUUCUUCCUCGGGUGGGCUGACCUAGUCGUCGCCUACACCUCUGUUGAAAACGAGACGCCGAAGUACAAGUACGCUUUCUGGUUAGGUGUCGGGGCGGCGGGCGCGGCUUUUAUUAUUGCGGUGCUUGGCGUCCGCGUCGAUACCGCGCAGAGCGAUUUGACGGCGGAUGAGAAGACGCAACUGCGGAAGCAGCAAGUAGACCUUGAGAGCAGGGGUGUAUUUGAAGGGCGUCUGUCUGAAGCCAACACGAACCAAUAA